AACCGUUCCCCUUUCUGAGCCAGACGUGUUUGAUACACUGGACUGCUCGAUCACCCCACUCCCUCCGAGCGCUAAAUUAACGCACAGAAGAACGCUCCCGCCACUCUUUAACAACACCUCCCUCUGAAGACAAAAUUAAUCAAGACUAUGGUCAAAGUCGCGACUCUCCUCUCCGUGGCCGUCGCCGCUGCGUCGAUCCCUUCGAUCGUCUCCGCCUCUAACGAAUUCGAGAGGCGCGCAGCCGACAGGAAGCACUCCAAGUCGAGCUCCAAGUCGAGCUCCAAGUCGGGCAGCUCAAAGGGGAGCAGCAAGGGAACUGCCGCCGCCGCUGGCGGUGCUGCCGCAGCGGCCGGUGGUGCUGCUCUUGCUGCCGUCGCUGGAACUUCUUCGAGCUUCACGGGCUCUCUUCCCGCCAGCGUCGAGUCCAUUGUCGCCACCAUCUCGUCUGGGACACCCACCAACACGCCGACUGCAACGGCAAAGAAGACGUACACUGCAGGUGCUGUCAACCCUUCGAUCACCAACGCUCCUGGGCUUCCUGACGCCAACUCGCUUGUCAUCACCAACUUCCCUACGCUCGACCAGCUUCCUCCGGCCGACCUGGCCUUCUCCAAGCAGAUCCUCGCGUCGAUUGACCUUUCCGACGUGCCUAACGCCCCAACGACGGACGGUACCUGCUCAGGCAGCCCUGCUGCUCUCAAGUCCGCUACUUCAAGCGGUUUCUGCUGGUGGACAUGCGGUGGAUGCACUAGGGACACCGACGUGACGACGUGCCCCGACAAGAACCACUGGGGCUUGUCCUACGACGACGGUCCUUCCCCUUACACGCCUCAACUGCUCGACUAUCUCGAGGAGAACAACCUCAAAUCGACUUUCUUUGUCGUCGGCUCCCGUGCCUUGUCGAGGCCCGACCUGCUUCGCUACGAGUACAUGACUGGCCACCAGCUGAGCGUCCACACGUGGUCACACCCAGCGCUGACGACGUUGACCAAUGAACAAAUCGCACUCGAGCUCGGCUGGACGAAGGAGGUGAUCCGUCAGAUCACGGGCGUCACGCCCGUCACCAUGCGGCCCCCCUACGGCGACAUUGACGACCGUGUUCGCGCCAUUUGCAAGAAGCUCAACCUGACGCCCAUCAUCUGGACCUCCACCAGUGCUGACCAAAACUACGACACCAACGACUGGCAGAUUGGAGCUGGCAAGGUCUCGGCCGCCGAGGUGACGUACAACUUUGAGCAGAUUCUCAAGAAUGCCUCGCAGCUCGACACCGGCUACAUUGUCCUGGCCCACGACCUGUACAAGCAGUCGGUCGAGCUGGCCACCGAGGUGGUUCUGCCCGCGGCCCUGCAGCAGCAGCCCAAGCAGACCGUGGAGCCCAUCAUCACUUGCCAAGGGCGUCAACUUGGAGACUCGUACGUCGAGACCAACCGCAAUGUGUCGGGAAGCGGUGGCGUCAGCUCUCCUGGCGGUCUCGAAUCCGCGGUGCCCUCGACGUCCUCGUCGUCGUCGUCGAGCAGCGGUAGCAGCGACGCUGUCCGCGUCAUCGCCCAUGUCUCGGUUGCCAUCGGUGGCGUUAUGUUUGGCGCCGCCGCUCUUUUGCUCUAAGGCAUCCAAUACCUGAAUCACAAGCUCCAUGCCGCGCGGGCGGACCAACCACACGGGCAACCCGCACAAAUGAAAAAUGUAGAAUGGGCUCACGGAACCGCAUACAAACCGUCAUCGACCAUUUCGCGUUGCAGAGCAUCGUAAAUCUCGCAUUCUCAUGCUUCUUCGUCUCAAUAGGAUAAUUCCCCCAGUAUAGCUUCCCGCCUUCCCAUCAUAGCACACAUCCUACAGCACACCCCUUUCCUCCCUCUCCGCCUUCCCCUUUGCUCCCUUUUUCUACUUCUCUCUCUUUCUUUGAAUAUGAAAAAGGACUUGCUGAUACUUUCUUUUCGAUUGCGAUUCCUUACAUGCAUGUAGACGUUCUUUUUCGAGUGCGAGAAUAUAAGGGAACCGGGACGCCAACAGGCAAAGGCGGUCAAGGCAACUGGCAAAUGGCGAUGUAGGGCGUCAUGAUGCCGCCCAUGAAGAG